CAUGAACGGUUGCUAAAUUGGCCAUGGAGGCCAUUUCUCUGCCUGCAUUCACGUGACUGAUUGAGUUUUACCUCAAGCGGGGCCGUAAUUCCAUAUUUCCAACUGGAUAUUACAACUCGGAGGUUUCAAAUCGGCCAGAGAAUGGCAUCAGCACAGCCUCCAAACUUCUCCUGGGUAGUUCCAGAAAAGCUGGCGGCGCUGGGUCUGCCUCGUAUGCCUGCUCACUAUCAGUUUCUCCUGCAGAAUGGUAUUCGGCACCUGGUCUGUUUGUGUGAGCGGAGACCUCCCCAUUACGACACUUGCCCAGAACUGAAACUGCAUCGCAUUAAAAUAGACGACUUCUGUGCUCCCAGUACGGAUCAAAUCAAAAGAUUUCUGUCCAUUGUUGAAGAAGCUAACUCUAAAGGAGAGGGAGUGGCUGUGCACUGUCUGCUCGGUUAUGGGAGAACCGGGACGAUGCUGGCCUGCUACCUGGUGAAGGAGAGGAAGAUAACCGGCGUCGACGCCAUCAACGAAAUCCGCAGAAUACGCCGCGGCUCCAUCGAGACGCGCGAGCAGGAGAAGGCGGUGGUGCAGUUUCAUCAUCACAUCAAAUGAGUGUUACGAUUACCACUGCCAAAUGUUCGCUUUCCUCGGACUCGAACAUAUCAGUGUUUAAUGAAAUACAACGAGAGCUUGGAUUAAUUUAUUCUGUCGUAUGCUUCAAGCGGCUUCCUAUUGUUAUAGGGCCGGCCUUUAGCGUAGUGGUUAAGGUGAAUGACUGCGACACGCAAGGUCGGUGGCUCUAAUCCCGGUGCAGCCACAAUAAGAUCCGCACAGCCGCUGGGCCCUUAAGCAAGGCCCUUAACCCUGCAUUGCUCCAGGGGAGGAUUGUCUCCUUCUUAGUCUAAUCAACUGUACGUCGCUCUGGAUAAGAGCGUCUGCUAAAUGCCAAUAAUGUAAUGUAAUGUAUAUUGACAUGUUGAUGUAAUUGUGUUGAUUAAACUGUAAUCUGGCCAUCCUGUU